UGUCCCCAGCUGUGCGCUGCGCAUCUGGUUCCGCUUCCUCCUCCCAGGGAAGUGAAAGUGGAGCUAGCUCGCUGUGCCCUGCACCCUACCACCUCGAGCUCCCGCGGGCGCUCAAGUACCCCUCCUUCCCGCUAGGGUCACGCGGAUGCUGGCGCUGCUGCCGUCACGUCCUCGGCAGUCCAUGCGCGCGCUUCUCUCGGCCCAGUGGCCCCCUUGGUCAGCCACUUCCCCUGCGGCGCGCCCUCUGCACUAGCCCGGGUUUCCCAUCAUCUGGCGUGUGGAUGUUGGUCCCCAAAGUGGCUUCAGUGCCGUUGUUUUCCUCAAGGGAGAAGGGGCUGCAUUCUAUACGACUCUGCCCUGGCUGGAUGAGGGAAGACCUGGAUGCACAGUCCUGUUGGUCCGGGGCCACCCACUUGCCUAUAGAGGGUCUCGUCUAACGGCUUUUGCCUGCCAGGGCCACAGAGCCCCUAUUGGCCUGCAGUGGCUGAGACAGGGAGCGCUGUCCUGGAGUUAAAUCAGGAGGCUGACGCUGACUCCUGGCUUCACCUCUCAGAUGUGGAGAAGCUCAAGCUAAAUUUAGCUUGAGUUGGGGCGUGUGUCCAGAGGCCAGGUUAAGAAGAGGGCCGUUUUGACUCCAGUUCCCUGAGGAAAAGUUGGAGGUUAAAUAGACUGUGCAUCCAGGAGACAUUGGGAGCUUCCUCUGGCUUGUUCAGGAUCCUUAGUGUGAGGUUUGUCUUGGUCUGAUGCUGUGCUGGAACCUUCAACAGUGCUACCCACCCCCCACCCUCCGCAGCGCUACCACACACCCAUAGGCUGACUUGUGCUGAGCGAGCUGCAGCUUCCCCUUCGAAGCCAUUUCAGGAAGUAACCUCCCUUCCCCUCUGAAGCACUCUCCCAGCCUCUAGCCCCGUGCAGGCCACCCUCCAGGCUUUCUCCCGCCUUCAGCACCCUGGGGCACCUCAGGACUCUUGGGGCUUCCACUCCCCAAGGUCAGGCCAUGGAGGCAGGUGAGAACAGUUACCCAUAGACUGUUGUGGGGCUUAUUCUGUCUGGGGCUGGGCGGCAUGGGCCUAGGAUUGGAGCUGUCCUACAGUCCCUUUGUGCCUAACUGCAGACACCUGAGGAUCCCGGAGAUGGGAAAGCCCUAAUUGCUUGGCCAAAAACAUAAAGUUAACCUAGAAAAAAAGGAUACUUGAUGUCUGAGGAACAGGGGCUAAAUCUUGGGUUUUGCAAGCCUUCCCAGAAACCUGUGGGGCUCUUCUGAAAAUGUAAGAAUGGCUGCUUUAGCGUUAGCUGCAUCCGAAGAGUCUUGUGUCACUGCAGAGCAGGAAGGCCAAAGAUCUUUGAAAAGGCCGAGGUUGGUAUGAUGUGGUAGCCGGAGCGAAUGAUGUCAUUGCAGGCCAUUACGGAAAAGACUGUGUUCUCUGAGGUACAAUGGGAAAGGGUGAAGAGGGCCAGGCCUUUAAAGGAAUAGGUGAACACUAUGUCAGACAUGUGUUGUAGAGUGAAGUUUGGGUUCUUUGGGAAGAAAGGGCUGAUGUCACUAAGAAGGAAGGACCCAGUGGUCUCUAAGGAGCAGUGGUGGGAUAUGAGAGUCUGGUGAUGUCACAGGUGGGAGGGUUCGGGAUUGGCUGAUCACUUAUCCUUGCCUUAGAAGAACUAGGAAGAGGAAAGAAGGGGGGGUCCACUAUGGUUGCCGUGGGAACAUCAGCCUCUCUUGCUCCAUCUCGUCCUCAAUUGACCGUUCCAGAUGCCGUGAGUGAAGGGGGGGCGAUGGCGGAGGAGCGGCCUCCCCGCUUGGUGGAUUACUUCGUGGUGGCUGGGCUUGCAGCAAGCGGAGCACCCAUACCUGAAGAGACGUGGAUUCCCGAACCUACUGGACCCCGGCGUCCUCCCCGGCCAGCUGAACCUAUUACAGAUGUGGCAGUCAUAGCGAGGGCCCUGGGCGAGGAGGUGCCCCAGGGCUACACAUGCAUCCAGACUUCUGCUGGUGGCCACCCCUUGGAGCUCAGUGCUGGGCUUCUGGGUGGAACUCAGCCAGUCAUCUGCUACCGCAGGGGGCGUGACAAGCCCCCCCUCGUUGAGCUGGGGGUGUUAUACGAAGGGAAGGAGCGCCCCAAGGCUGGGUUCCAAGUGCUUGACACGACACCAUAUAGCCACUCAGCCAACCUGGCCCCUCCAGGCCCUGGGCACCCCCGCACCUACCUCACGUACCGGCGGGCAGCAGAGGGCGCAGGUCUGCAUGCCCUGGGCAUCACUGACCUCUGCCUGGUUCUACCCAGCAAGGGCGAGGGCACUCCUCAUACUUACUGCCGGGUACCCCGCAACCUCAACCCCGGCAUGUGGGGCCCAGCAGUGUUCCUGUGCUACAAAGUGGGCCUGGCCAAGGCCAACACACUGGUGUAUGAGGCAGAGCUGCUGGGCCGCUACCCAGAGGAAGACAAUGAGGCAUUCCCGCUGCCCGAGUCAGUGCCCGUCUUCUGCCUGCCCAUGGGGGCCACCAUCGAGUGCUGGCCUGCCCAGACCAAGUACCCGGUGCCCGUCUUCUCCACCUUUGUGCUCACGGGUGCUGCUGGUGAUAAGGUGUAUGGUGCGGCGCUGCAGUUCUAUGAGGCGUUCCCGAUGGCCAGGCUGUCAGAGAGGCAGGCUCGGGCCCUGGGCCUGCUGAGUGCCGUGGAGCGGGGCCGGGCCCUGGGGGGCCGGGCGGUACGAAGCCGGCGAGCCAUUGCUGUGCUGUCCCGCUGGCCUGCGUUCCCAGCCUUCCGAGCCUUCCUCACCUUCCUUUACCGCUACUCCGUCUCAGGCCCCCAUCGUCUGCCCUUGGAAGCGCACAUCUCCCACUUCAUUCACAACGUCCCAUUCCCUUCCCCACAGAGACCACGCAUCCUAGUGCAGAUGUCUCCCUAUGACAACCUGCUGCUCUGCCAACCCGUCUCCUCACCCCUGCCCCUCAGUGGUGCUAGCUUUUUGCAGCUGCUGCAGAACCUGGGCCCGGAAUUGGCUAUUACGUUGUUGCUGGCUGUGCUCACGGAGCACAAACUGCUGGUCCACUCGCUGCGGCCAGAUCUGCUCACCAGCGUCUGUGAAGCCCUUGUCUCGAUGAUCUUCCCGCUGCAUUGGCAGUGCCCCUACAUUCCGCUGUGCCCGCUAGUGCUGGCGGAUGUGCUGAGUGCCCCUGUGCCCUUCAUCGUGGGUAUCCACUCCAGCUAUUUUGAUCUGCAUGACCCACCUGCCGAUGUCAUCUGUGUGGAUCUCAAUACCAACACACUCUUCCAAACAGAGGAAAAGAAGCCCCUCUCUGCGAGGACCCUGCCCCGAAGACCAUACAAGAUUUUGCUGGCCACACUGACAAAUCUGUACCAGCAGCUGGACCAGACUUACACUGGACCAGAGGAGGAGGCCUCCCUGGAAUUCCUUCUGACAGACUACGAGGCAGUUUGUGGCCGCCGGACGCGCCUGGAGCGGGAAGUCCAGGGAGCCUUCCUGCGCUUCAUGGCCUGUCUCCUCAAAGGCUACCGGGACUUCCUGCGCCCUCUCACCCAGGCCCCCUCUGAGGGGGCUCGUGAUGUAGACAACCUUUUCUACCUUCAGGGUUUCCUCAAGUCCCGGGAACGCUCGAGCCACAAGCUGUACUCUCAGCUGCUGCACACACAGAUGUUCUCACAGUUCAUCGAGGAGUGCUCUUUUGGAUCUGCCCGGCAUGCUGCCCUCGAGUUCUUUGACUCUUGUGUUGACAAGGUCCACCCAGAGCAGGAGAAGCCUGAGCCAACACCCUUGGUGGAGCUGGAGGAAGAGCUAUCAGGAAGUGAGAUUACUGUCUUUAUCACACCCCCAGAGGAGCCUCCGGUACUGGAAGGCAGUGAAUCUAUUCCCCAGUACAGUUAUGAUGGGUUUCCAGAGCUAAAAGCUGAGCUUUUUGAGUCUCCUCAGGAACAACGGGGGGCCCUCCCUGUGCCAGGCCCGUCCCGAAGUGCCCCCAGCAGUCCUGCACCUCGCCGUACCAAACAGGAGAUGAAGGUUGCACAACGGAUGGCACAGAAGUCGGCCUCUGUGCCCGAGCUGUGGGCCCGGUGCCUGCUGGGUCACUGCUACGGGCUGUGGUUCCUGUGCCUGCCUGCUUAUGUGCGCUCGACAUCCUCCCGGGUGCGGGCAUUGCACACAGCCUACCACGUGCUGCGUGAGAUGGAGAGCCGCAAGGUGGUGCUCCCUGACGAGGUGUGCUACCGAGUGCUGAUGCAGCUGUGUUCGCACUAUGGGCAGCCCGUGCUGUCUGUGCGAGUCAUGCUGGAGAUGCGGAGGGCGGGCAUCGUGCCCAACACCAUCACCUACGGCUACUACAACAAGGCUGUGCUGGAAAGCAAAUGGCCAUCUGGUACUCCGGGUGGACGCCUACGCUGGGCCAAGCUCCGGAAUGUUGUCUUGGGGGCUGCUCAGUUCCGCCAGCCCUUGAAGGACCGACGGCAGCAGCAGCAGCAGCAGCAGCAGCAGCAACAGGUGGCCGUGCCGCAGGGGUCAGACAGCUCUCAGACAGAGCCCUAUCUGGAGCACGCCUCCCCAACCCGUCCUCUGCAGCGCCAGACUACUUGGGCUGGGCGAACUCUGCGGGAACCAUCCUCACCCACCGGACGUCUGGUCAAGAGUGGCAGCCUGGGCAGCGCCCGAGGGGCACAGCCCACUGUGGAGGCUGGAGUGGCUCACAUGAUAGAGGCCUUGGGGGUCCUCGAACCCCAUGGAUCACCUGUGCCUUGGCAGGAUGGAAGUCUCUCAGACCUGAGUCUGACAGGGGAAGAACUGGCACCUGGAGGCAGCCCAGGGGGCUCAGGCUCAGCCCUGAGUGCCCAGUCCACUGAGGCCCUAGAAGGGAUAAGUGGCCGGGGUUCCAAAACUAGCGGAUUUCAGGAGGAGGCGGGCACCCCCAGAAAAGGGCUGGGUGCCCGCCUCCAACAGCUGCUCACUCCUUCCCGCCGCUCCUCUGCUUCCCGCAUCCCCCCACCUGAGCAACCCCCGGACCUGCCUCCUGCGGCCCGCCGAAGUCCCAUGGAUAGCCUUCUGUGGCCCCGAGAACGUCCCGGAUCCACUGCUUCUGAGAGCUCCGCUUCUCUGGGCAGCGAGUGGGAUCUCUCGGAGUCUUCUGUCAGCAGCCUGAGUCUUCGCCGCUCCUCAGAGCGCCUCAGUGACACCCCUGGGACUCUCCAGCCCCCCUCCCUGGAAAUUCUGAUGUCCAGCUGCUCCUUGUGCCGAGCCUGUGAUUCCCUGGUGUACGAUGAGGAGAUCAUGGCUGGCUGGGCGCCCGACGACUCGAAUCUCAAUACGACUUGCCCCUUCUGCGCAUGUCCCUUUGUGCCCCUGCUCAGUGUCCAGACUCUUGAUUCUCGACCAAGUGUCCCUAGUCCACAGUCCGCCCUUGCUGGUGAGAGUGGCAGCAAAGAUGCUCCUGUCCCUGGGGGUCCGGGCCCUGUGCUCAGUGACCGGAGGCUCUGCCUUGCCCUGGAUGAACCCCAGCUCUGCAAUGGGCAUAUGGGGAGUGCUUCCCGGCGAGUUGAGAAUGGGGCAUGGGCGUACCUGAGCCCUCUGGUGCUGCGUAAGGAGCUAGAGUCUUUGGUAGAGAAUGAGGGCAGCGAGGUGUUGGCAUUACCUGAACUGCCCGCUGCCCACCCCAUCAUCUUCUGGAACCUCCUGUGGUACUUCCAACGGCUACGCCUGCCCAGUAUUCUACCAGGCCUGCUGUUGGCCUCAGGUGAUGGGCCCCCACCCAGCCAGCUCUCCCAGGGACCAUCCCUUUGGCUAACCCCUGACCCAGCCUCUGUGCGUGUUCGCCUGCUGUGGGAUGUCCUGACCCCCGACCCCAGCAGCUGCCCGCCUCUCUAUGUGCUCUGGAGGGUCCACAGCCAGAUCCCACAGCGGGUGGUAUGGCCGGGCCCAGCACCCUCAUGUCUUAGCUUGGCAUUACUGGAGUCAGUGCUGCGCCACGUCGGACUCAAUGAGGUUCAUAAAGCUGUUGGGCUCCUGCUGGAAACUCUCGGUGCCCCUCCCACCGGCCUGCACCUGCAGAGGGGAAUCUACCGUGAGAUCUUGUUCCUGACAAUGGCUGCUCUGGGCAAGGACCACGUGGACAUAGUGGCCUUCGACAAGAAGUACAAGUCUGCCUUUAACAAGCUGGCCAGCAGCAUGGGCAAGGAGGAACUGAGGCAGCGUCGGGCACAGAUGCCUACUCCCAAGGCCAUUGACUGCCGAAAAUGUUUUGGAGCACCACUGGAAUGCUAGGGACCCUUGAGCUCUGCUCUCCAGCCUUGAGUGGAGAGAUGAGGAAGAGUGGAUUCUAGACCUAGCCUGACUCCUUCUUCCCUUCAUAGAGGAAUUGGGAACAGGCUGUUCAGCCAUAGGCUUCAGGUGGGACUAGCAGGAAGAGGGACUCACUGUUACCCAAAGCCACAACUCCCCUGAAUCUGACCUGCCCUGUUUGUUCAUGCUGAGGCGGAGGAGAGCUGCGGAAGUUGGCACAACUCCAUUCUUUCUCCAUCUGAUUCCAGGAGCUCUUUUUCAGGGUAUCCUCAGACCUGCAGAGCCCUGGUAGACUCACAAGUUUUUGUUUUAAAAAACAACUGGAAAGAUUUAGAGCUCCUGAGCCUUUGCCCUGAAUGGAAGGGAGGACUUUCACUCCCUACGUUGCUGAAGGAGCCCAAGGCCAUCCUAGUGUUGUAUUCUAUUUCGUUAUUUAUUCUGAGGCCACAGCUCUUAUACUUACGAGGGUCUCAAGGAGCAUAAGAGAAGGGAGUUAGCUUUGUAGCUCCUUGAGAGCCAUGAACUGGGACCCAGAGGAGUCUCAAGCUUCCCUUAGGAAGAAUUGGUGCCUCUUCUAGUCCUGGUCCUUCUUGUCCAGUCCACCGUGGAGAAUGCUCUCCUGUCCAUGGCCUUGACCUGUGCAAUAAGGAUUAUUCUUUGCAAAGUUUUGUUGGUUGUAAAUAUAGUAAAAGCUGCUUCUGUCUUUUUUU